AAUAUCGUUAGCAUUAACGUUAGCUUUCUGUGGAGUAUAAAUAUUCAUUAAAUAAUAUCAAAUAAAGAUGGAUGAUCAAGGCUGCCCGAGAUGUAAAACUACUAAAUACAGAAAUCCGUCUCUGAAACUGAUGGUGAAUGUUUGUGGACACACACUGUGUGAGAACUGUGUGGAGAUGUUAUUUGUCCGUGGAUCGGGUAACUGUGUGCAGUGUGAUACUCCUCUCAGAAAGAGUAAUUUUCGCCUGCAGCUCUUUGAAGAUCCUGCUGUUGAUAAGGAAGUGGAGAUCCGCAAAAAAGUGCUCAAAAUUUAUAAUAAGAGAGAUAUUGACUUCCCCAGUCUCAGAGAGUAUAACGACUACCUGGAGCAGGUGGAGGAAAUCGUGUAUAACCUAACGAAUAAUGUGGAUAUCGAGAGCACCAGGCAGAUGAUGGAGCAGUACCAGCGAGAAAACAGAGACGUCAUCCAGAAGAACAAAGCCAAACUGACACGGGAGCAGGAGGAGCUGGAGGAGCUUCUGUUACUAGAGCAGCAGGAUAUGGAGCAAAAGAGGCUGGUGAACCUGCAGGAGGAACAGAGGAGUUUACACACCAAGAGAAAGAACAAACAGGCCCUCCUGGAUGAACUGGAACGCUCACAGCUACCAGCCUCUCUCUUGCUGGCUGAGCAUAAACGGAAAGCAGCUCAACUGGAGACUCAGAUCGAGAAACAGAAGCAGAACGUCAAACCUGCAACCAUCUUCUCUACUGGCAUACCGGCGGGUCAGACUGUCUCUUUGGCUCCUGUGAUUCGUGAACAGGAGAAAGCAUACGAGUACCAACCACUCCAAAUCCAAACACACGGACCUGUGGUUCCAGAACUGGAGCAACUAGGCCGGCUGGGGUAUUUGAAUCAUGUGAGAUCUGCAACUCAACAGGAUUUGGCGGGCGGAUACUCAUCAGGCCUGGCGUGUCACAGAGCCAUACAGGAUGCCUUCAGUGGCCUCUUUAUAUCCUAAUCCUACUUGCUCCUAAAGUGGAUUCUGAAAGUAUGCACACCCUCAUCUUCUUACAUGCACUAUUGUGAUGUGGAUUUGAGUUUAAGUGGAUAUAGUUACCAUUUUUACCCUUACUGGUACCAUUUUACCAGUUUACACGUAUUCACUUAGAAUGACAAAAUGAAAAAAAUUUAUUUCAAAAAUUUGUUAGCAACCGACCGGGUUCCCACGCAGACACGACUGGCUGUGUUUGUUGGAAGGGAAAGGAAUUCUUAUUGCUCCUGCAAUGGUGGUUCUGCUGGCUGGUCAAAAGGCACUGCACAGAAAUUAAUGGAGAACAGUGCAUGAUUCUUUCUAUGUGAUGCUGCCACCACCAUAUUUCGCAGUGGGGUGGUGUCAGCCAGGUUGGACUUAUCAGACCAUAGAAUCCAAGCAGGCCUGUUAUGUGCAUUUUACUCAACACUGGCUUCUGUUUUGCCACUCUGCCUAAUAAACACCUGGUUUAUGAAGGCUCAAGAGAUGAUUGUACAUCCACCAGGUUCUGCACAUUUUUGCACAAGACUUGUAGAGUUCUUUUGGGGUGACCGCUGGAUUCUGGGAACCUUCAAAUCUUUAAAUAUUUGUAUAUCCUUGCUACAAUUUGAUCAUGAAGAUCAACAGACAUUUCCUUGGAUUUUAUGGUUUGUUUUUUGUCCUGACAGUGGUGUUUAAAAUGGGGGCCUUUACAGAUCCAGGUAUGCCUUUUGCCUCAAGCAAUUCCAAAAUAAGGUGUGCAAAAAGAUGUGAAUACUUUUGGAAUCCACUAUGUGAAAUGCAACAUCAUGUGGACAGAGGAGACAUGUUCCUUGUUUGCACAUGGAAGAGAUGCACCAGGGUGCUCUGUAGGACAAUUCAGCUCACAACGCACAAAAGUUAAAGGAGCUGCUGGUACCAUCCUGGUACCCGAUACCACAGGACUUUUUUCUUAGGUCUUGUGGAGUCCAUGUGUUGUAAGAAUGUGGCAUUGGUUUACGGAUUCAGAUUUACUGUGGAUCCAAUAAUGAGAAAGACAUUGGGCUGGUUGAUGAUGACCACAAACUGAAGAUAUUUUGCAGAUCAUUUUUGAAUGUUUUGGUUUGGAUUAAAUAAUAAAAGUUAGAUUCUUUUA